AGGCGAUAGAGUUUCGAUGAUCAUCUUAUCGCCCCGCCCGGCAUAUAGAUGUGGUAGUUAUACCGCUUUAUACAACCAGUCUCUCCCAGGGUUGGCCUGCACUUAUAAGUGUCCAUGGGGCCGGCACCGGGCGGACCUACGGUCUCUGCCUCGUUCAUGUCCUUACUUUCGUAUAUCCCCCCUGAUCAAACCAAUCCAUAGCCGAGAUGAAGUCUUCUUGCGUCGCCACGCUUGCGCUAGUCGCCCGUGUCCAGGCAGGCCUUCGCUUCGGGUGCUCGUCCUUGACCACCCAGCGACUUGACCCCGUCGUCGAGCCUGGGAGGACCCCCUCCUCUCACGUCCAUCACAUCGUCGGUGGAAAUGCCUUCAAUGCUACGAUGGAGGGCGACGUUGGCGAGAGGGCCACUUGCACCACCUGCGAGAUGUCUGAAGACUUUUCCAACUACUGGACCGCCGUCUUGUACUUCAAACAUCCGACCAACGGCUCUUACCACCGGGUGCCUGUCGUCAACAACGCCGCUCUCGCCCCAGGCACCACUGGCGGGAUUACCGUUUAUUACACUCAGUUUGACUUCUGGGAUGACAACACAGAGAAGCAACCCAUCAAAGCCUUUCCACCAGGCUUUCGUAUGACCGUUGGCAGCCCGACGACAACCGACCCUGAUGUGGCAAAGUCGAACGUCGGACUGCGCUACAACUGCCUGCAGACCCUCUUGGACAGAGGUCGGGAACUGGUCGACUUCCCAGACAAGCCAUGCCCAGCCGGCAUCUUCGCCGUUCAACACUUCCCCGCAUGCUGGGACGGCAAGAACAUCGACAGCCCCGACCACCAGUCGCACAUGUUCAACACGAUGGACCGGGGCGGCUUCAUGAACGCGCCACCGUGCCCGGAGUCGCACCCAGUGCGCGUGCCGCAGGUGACGUACGAGACGGUGUGGGACACGACCAAGUUCAACGACAUGUGGCCCGAGGGCGCGCCCAACCCCUUCGUGUGGAGCUUCGAGGGCACCAGCGGCUACGGCACCCACGCCGACUACAUGUUCGGCUGGAAGGGCGACUCGCUGCAGCGCGCUAUGGAUACCGAGGAUUGCUUUUAUGAUGGUUGCGGGUCUAUCACCAAGCAGGCGAUGUCUGUUGCCAAUGAGUGUACCGUGGAGGACUUUGUCGGGGAGGAGACGGAUGGAUGGCUCGAAUACCUUCCGGGACAAGGACCGGCGAACUAGAUGGACUGGACUUGGCAUACCAAUUCGUCGUAGGGGGGUUUGGGCCGCUUCAGAAGAUUUUAGAGUAGGUUGUUAGCCCUUACUAGGUACCUACCGAGUGCUGUCAACGGAAAUAUGCUACAAUGUCCCUU